AAGGUCCAGUGGGAUGGAGGGUCUGUAAGCCUCACACAGACACUGUGCACACACUACACAGGGGGCCACCGCCAGCCCUGGAGACUCAGCCACCCCAGUCCAUUGCUGGAGUGUUCAGUGCCAAUUUGCCAGUAAAACCAGUAAGAAGGGGGCACUAGCAAUUCUGCACAAAGAACCACUGGUGAGGGGAACUGACUGCACUUCACAAAGAGGGAGAUGAUGCAUUAGAAAGACAAGCAGGAAGGAAUAAGGAGGAGAUGCUACCAGCCAUAUGACAGUUCAUACCCCAAGCAGGGCACUAAAGGUGCACCUUGCAUCCCCAUGUUAAGUCACCCCCUAACUCAUUCCUUCUACCUUCUGCACCUGCACAGUCUUGUUCCUCGGUGACAGUGAUCAGGUCUUGGGUGCCCACCUUCAGCACAUGUGCCAAGCGGUGCCAAGAUGCCAGGCUGGAGGAGAAACCUCUCACUGUGUCUGCAGAGGAUGCAGGAUGAUGAUGAUGGGCCUUAUUUGAAGGGAAGAAAAGACUCUGCAGGCAAUGAUCUGGCUCUUGUCUCCAGACGGCAAAGUAUUCCAGAGGAGUUCCGUGGCGUUACCAUAGUGGAACUGAUUAAGAAGGAAGGAAGCACUUUGGGCCUGACCAUUUCUGGAGGAACCGACAAAGAUGGGAAACCCAGAGUGUCCAAUCUCAGGCCUGGAGGUCUGGCCACCAGGAGUGACCAGCUGAAUAUUGGUGAUUAUAUUAAGUCUGUGAAUGGUAUCAAUUUGACAAAAUUACGCCAUGAAGAGAUUAUCAGCCUCCUAAAGAAUGUGGGUGAGAGGGUGGUCCUGGAGGUCGAGUAUGAACUACCUCCUGCCACUCCGGACACCAGCUCGGCCAUCAUCCCAAAGACUAUCGAAAUCACCUUGUGCAAAGAGGGCAACAGCUUUGGGUUUGUGAUGAGAGGAGGGGCCCAUGAAGACUGGCAUAAAUCCAGACCACUAGUUAUAAUUUACGUGAGGCCCGGAGGACCAGCAGAUAGGGAAGGGACCUUAAAAGUUGGAGACCGUCUGCUGUGCGUUGACGGCAUCUCCCUUCACAACGUUUCUCAUGCAGAUGCAAUCGCCAUUCUCCGCCAAUGCAGUCAGGAGGCCGUCUUCCAGAUUGAAUACGACGUUGCGCUUAUGGACACUGUGACAAACGCCUCUGGACCUCUGCUCGUUGAAAUUGCCAAAACGCCAGGCUCCACACUAGGUAUCUCUCUUAGCACCGGCACUCUCCGGAAUAAGCAGGUCAUAGUUAUCGACAAAGUUAAACCCGGCAGUGUGGUGGACAGGUGUGGCGCGCUUCAUCCUGGUGACCACAUCCUUUCCAUUGAUGGUACAAGUACGGAGCAUUGCUCCUUGAUGGAAGCCACACAACUUCUUGCAAGCACCACAGAGAAUGUAAAGUUGGAAAUCCUACCAGCCCACCACAGCCGACUCUCUCUGAGACCCCCAGAGACUGUUAAAGUGCAGAAGAGUGAUCAUCAUCACUGCUGGGACCCCUGUGUCAGCUACUGCCACUCCCAUCACCCAGGACACUGCAAAACCCCCACAUGGAACCCAAGUUCUAACCAAGAUUACUGCAAAUCUUUGGUCGCUACCAAUUUUUCCUCCUCCUCUUCAGCGGGAACGCCGGGAUUCAGUAGUCAGAAUUCAAACACACUCCCCCGAACUGCGUAUCCGAUGAGCCCAAGGACUACCAUGUCCAGGAGGCGACAGCGCAGAAAGGACCACAAGAGCUCAUUGUCCUUGGCUUCUAGUACAGUUGGUCCUGGUGGGCAGAUCAUACACACUGAGACCACCGAGAUUGUCCUUCGUGGAGACCCCCUAAAUGGCUUUGGGAUUCAGCUUCAGGGGGGUAUUUUUGCCACAGAGACCCUUUCGUCCCCUCCUCUUAUACGGUUCAUUGAGCCGGAUAGCCCUGCAGAGAGGUGCGGACUUCUGCAGGUCGGUGACCGACUUCUGUCAAUCAACGGAAUCCUCACGGAGGACGGGACGCUGGAAGAAGCCAACCAACUUCUGAGAGAUGCAGCUCUCGCCAAUAAAGUGGUUCUAGAGAUCGAGUAUGACGUGGCUGAGUCUGUGGUUCCGAGCAGUGGAACGUUUCACGUCAAACUACCAAAGAAGAGAGGCGUUGAGUUGGGGAUAACAAUCAGCUCAAGCAGAAAACCAGGGGAGCCGUUAAUUAUAUCGGACAUCAAGAAGGGCAGCGUUGCACACAGAACCGGCACUCUAGAACCAGGUGACAAACUAUUAGCUAUUGACAACAUCCGUCUAGACAACUGUUCCAUGGAGGACGCCGUGCAGAUCCUACGGCAGUGUGAAGAACUGGUCAAGCUGAAGAUUCGAAAGGAUGAGGAUAAUUCUGAUGAGCAGGAGACCACUGGUGCCAUUAUAUACACGGUGGAGCUCAAGAGGUAUGGGGGCCCCCUUGGUAUCACGAUAUCGGGAACCGAGGAACCGUUUGAUCCUAUUGUGAUAUCUGGGCUCACAAAGAGAGGUCUGGCUGAAAGGACUGGAGCCAUUCACAUUGGGGAUCGUAUUCUUGCGAUUAAUAAUGUGAGCUUGAAGGGAAAGCCGUUGAGCGAAGCCAUCCACCUGCUGCAGAUGGCGGGAGAAACCGUGACCCUCAAAAUAAAGAAACAGGCAGAGCGCACAAACUCCCAGAAGAUGUCUGAUGGUUUGAAUGAAGGGAGCGACCCAGAAGAUGACCUUACCGACUCUCAAAAGACCAGCAAACUGUCUGAGAUCUACUCGACUACCAUCCCUAGCGUGGACAGUGCGCUGGAGUCCUGGGAUGGAUCUGGUAUUGAUGCAGGUUAUGGAAGCCAAGGUAACUAUGUUCACCAGGCUGUCGGUAUCUCCCUACAUCCUCACGAAUGGAGGACAGCCCGUCAUAAAAUUGGAACCCCUCCUGUGGAGCACAGAAAGAGUUACCCCUUUCUGGAUGGAAGUUAUAAUGAGGAGGAGUGGGAGAAGCCUGCGCGAUUCCCAAGUCAACCAAACGGCUUAGACACAGACCACGAUGACAGUUUCUGGCGUGUUUUUGGAGAGGCACUGGAAGACUUGGAGACCUGUGGGCAGUCCGAGCUUUUGAGGGAAAUUGAGGCAUCCAUUAUGACGGGCAACGUGCAGACUUUGGGCCUUGAUAACAGCAAACUGCCUUUUGAAAACUCAAGCCAUAGGAAGGGAAUCCACCGCCGCUAUAGUAAUAGCCCCCCAACAAACAAGCUCAAUCAAGACCUAAAAAGCCAAAAAAAAGAGAUCCAGGAGGAGUCUUCCACUACCGAACUACUCAAAGUAACUGUCAUGAAAGACCUGGAGAAUGAUGACUUUGGCUUCAGUGUCUCAGAUGGUCUCCUGGAGAAAGGAGUCUAUGUGAAUAUGAUUCGGCCUGGGGGUCCCGCCGACAGGAGUGGGCUGCAGCAAUAUGAUAGAAUCUUGCAGGUGAACCACGUACGUACCAGGGAUUUUGACUGUUGCCUGGCAGUGCCUCUUCUUGCUGACGCAGGCGACCGGCUCGACCUCGUCAUUAGCCGGACCCCUUUGGCCCUUCCGGAGGAUGCAGUGAUACGGCAUGGAGGAUUAGAGGCGAAGACGAGCACAAAAACCUUAUGAGGAAUCCUAAAAGAACCUUUUAUGCACUCCAUGAUCUACGUUUGUAACGUUUCCUAUGGCCCCAGUAAUUCUUUGUCCUGAUUAUGUAAUUGUUCCAGGUGAUCAGCUCACUUGUUGUUUUUAAAAUUUAUAUAUAUAUAUUUUAGGCACUUUUCGUAGUCCAGACCUAUUGCAUCUGUGACUCGUGGGACGCGCCGGUCCCACCUCAUUUCACUCAACGUAACGGGGCUGUUCAACUGACCAAAGCCUUAGAAGGGCCGUCCUGCUCUCUGG